AUGGAUCCUCAUGGAGGACACUACCUCAACAAAGACGCUGUGCUGUCACCUUUGGGUGCAGCCCGAAUGUGCCAGCUGCUGCUUGGUUGCACCAUAAUGGCCCUUGUGUCCCACAGUGCGGGCUACAGCGCCACCUAUGGAAUCUUCUGCAUGUUCGUGUGGUGCUUCUGCUUCGCCGUCACGCUGCUUGUGUUCACCUUGGAUAUUACACGGCUCCACGCCUGCAUGCCCAUUUCCUGGGAUAACUUCACUGUGGCCUUCGCAAUGUUGGCAACACUCAUGUACAUCACGGCCUCUGUGGUCUACCCGGUUUACUUCCUCCAAACAGAGUGUCCCGAUGAGGACUGUGAAGUCCAAAUGUACCGAAUCGCUGUCACCGUCUGCUCCAGCGUGUGCUGCUUCCCCUACGGCGCUGAGGUGUUCCUCACCCGAGCCAAACCAGGCGCCGUGGUGGGCUACAUGGCCACUGUGUCCGGCCUACUCAAGGUGGUGCAGGCGUUUGUGGCCUGCAUCAUAUUCGGAGCCCUGGCAAAUGACAGCGAGUACAACCUCUACAUCGCCACUCAGUACUGUGUGGUGGUGUACAGCCUGUGCUUCUCCGUCACAGUCAUAGUGGUGGUACUGACGGUUUCUGGGAGGACCUCUGCCCUGCGGUUCCCAUUUGACCGGUUUGUGGUUGUGUACACCUUCUUCGCUGUGAUCCUAUACCUCAGCACCGCACUGGUCUGGCCUAUCUUCAGCUUUGACAGGAAGUACGGAAACACGACUCGUCCUGAGGACUGCCCACGGGGGGACUGCCCCUGGGACAGCAAGCUGGUGGUGGCAGUUUUCACCAACGUUAAUUUGAUCUUAUAUUUUGUCGACCUUGUUUACUCCCAGAGGAUCCGCUUUGUCUCCAGCUCUGGUGUCUGA